AGAACACUAGUAUAGUUAUAGUGAUCCCACCAUGUAUUGGUCUUUAGGACAAAAUACACCAAAGCAUACUCACUAAAUAUAUAUGCUAUAUACCUCAUGUCGGUAAAUUAUAUACCUCAGUCCUUUGUGACACAUUGUUAUAUUAGACAUAGCCAACAUCAUAAUUACAUGACCACCACCAUGCAAUAUUUGUUAAACUUGGGUUUUGGUGGCAUCCACAUAGUCCCUAUUAUAUAACAUCAUGAAACCAUCAAAGAAAGAGCUUGUAAACACUCUCCAAAUCCAACAUACUUAUAAGCCAUUUGUUAAGAUUAAGAAGAAACUAGUAUUACAGCCAUGAAAUUGAAAACACAAGCAUCCCAAUCUGAUCUCUCUUUCUCGUUUCCGAGCACACCCAAUCAAGAAGAUUCCGACUUCGAAUUCGGGUCCCUAACCCCGAACUCACCCUCCUGCACAACAUCACCAGCGGAUCAGCUUUUCUUCAACGGCCGCCUCCAACCACAUUCAUUCCCUCUCAACCAUGUCACCACCACUAGCAGAACCGCCAGCAUCGGAAGCAAAGACUCAUUGCUUUCGUCCCGAAGCAAUAGUACCAACAGCAGUUGUAGUAGUGCUAGGACAAGCUCUAGUGACACUUCCGAACGAAAACUGUUUCACAAUAGGGUAAACCUUUCUUCUAGAUCUGUUGCUCGUCCGGUUCAACAGUCCUACGGGUGUUCGCAGAGGUGGCAGUAUAUAAUGCCUGUGCCGGCGGGUUUGAACCGUGACGCGUCCAAGAGAAGAAAACAAAAACGGGCGAAAACGGAGAAGAAGAAGAACAUGAAGAAGAGGGCGUCGUUACAGUUUGUUCGGAGAGUUUUCCGGUGGUUUUUCAUUGCUUGCAGACAAUGCCAUGCCAUGGAACCACCAUCCAAAGCACGAAAUAAAGGGAUAAAAACUCAAUAACAGAGUAAUUAAUUCUUGUAUUACUGGUGCUUAAUUUGUUGAAUACUGCAACUUGCUUGCUUCAUGGGAAAUGUUGUGUUGCUUAAAAAUAUUGUGGAUAGGAAAUUUCUGAAAUCUACUUUUGUUUUGGUUUUGUAUCUACAUGAUAAAUCUUGGGCAUGUGGUUUUUUUUUUUGGUAAUUAAUAUGAGAAUUGUUUGUUUAUUUUGCUAUUGUGCAAAAGAAAUAGAAAUGGUUUUGGAUCUCCACGGUGUUAUGACCAAAUGUAUUUUGAUGACUUAGAAAUUUAUUA